GGCCAUGGAAUAAGCAUAGGAAGCUUGGGAAAAGAUGGGGAGACAGCUACCGUUGAGAAUGUAUGUGUCCAAAACUGUAACUUCAGAGGAACUACGAAUGGGGCUCGGAUCAAAACUUGGCAGGGCGGAUCGGGUUACGCAAGAAUGAUUACAUUCCAUGGAAUAACUCUAGACAAUGUAGAAAAUCCAAUUAUUAUCGAUCAGCUCUACAACGGAGGAGAUUCUGAUAAAGCCAAAGAUCAUAAGUCGUCGGCAGUGGAAGUGAGCAAUGUGAUGUAUAGUAAUUUCGUUGGGACGUCGAAGUCAGAGUACGGAGUUGACUUCAGGUGCAGCGAGAGAGUACCGUGCACAGAUAUUUUCUUGAGAGACGUGAAAAUAGCAACCGCAUCAUCAGGAUCAGGACAAGUCGCACAAGGACAAUGUUUAAACGUGAGAGGUGCGUCCACACUCGCUGUCCCAGGUCUAGAAUGCUUAGCCCUUACCGCAAAUAUGUUGUCAUCGCCGGAACAAACUUGCAUGUUGGCACAAUCAGUGCAACCAAGAACACAACCGAUGCAAGAUCCAAUAUGGGAUUUUGAAAGCAGAGGGAAACGACUUAUAGUUUCCAAUACCGUAUUAUUUUCAUUUAUCUCUUUGGUUACAUACAGUUUUAGAUUAUUAAUGGAAAACUUCUAAAGUAUAUUAUACAAGUGGAGAUGAUAAAGUAACCCUUGUUUUUA